GUUGAACUUGCGGGUGACCCUCGCCGUGGCCGACGUCCCAAACAUCAACCUGCAAGCAUGAUGCGACAAGCCUCCCUCUUCAACGACAACAUUAGUGUCAGUCCGGCAUCAGCCCGCUCGCAGUCGAAAGGCCAGCAUUCCCAUCACCCGCGGCGGCGUGAGCAUUCCUCCGCCUACUCAACAAUAAUGGCAGCAGGUGCAGCAAAGCCAAAUGCACCUUUGGCAAACAAUAAACUACGUCCGCUCUCCGGCGGCGCAUCCACCGGUGUGCAUUUGACUUCUUCUCAGAUUGGCACUCUAGAUCAAAAGCAGAUACCGCGCCUAACAUUCAAAGUUGCGCCAUUCAGCAACUUUUCGCCUCUCUCCGGAUAUGACUCCUCCAUUCCGAGUGCCAUAGUACAACAACCCACUCAGAACGAGUUCAUUCAGUCGAUGUGGGGCGCAUUCGAUGCCAUGCCGGACGCCCAGAGGAAUAGUCUCCUCCGUGGACUCGUCGCCAGAUGUGGAGAAAGUCAGGUCGACUCAAUAUGCACAUGGCUGAACCUCAAGCUGGGGGAUGCAGCUACCGGUCUUGCUCAGAUGCCCACCGUACAUCCCGAAAUCCUUCCCAGCAAAUAUUCGAUCGGCAGAGGCAAGAAACCGCCUGGUAUUGCGCAUCCCGAUGUCCCAGCGAAGGAUGCUGGAAUGCAAAGAGGAGGAAUCAACUUGAACUUGUACUCCAAGCUGCUACACACCUCAGAAGAUAACAUAGUGCAGGCCGCGCAGCCCUGUGGGAGACAAGGGGAGAGAUCAAGGAAAGCGGUGGGAUUCAAAGCGCCGGCGCAUCCUCCCGAGACCAAGUCCUCGAAUUCGGACGGUGCUCUUAUGAGCUACUUGAGCUCCCGAGUCCGCAAUCUUCAUCAGAUCAUGGAAACACUCGCUCAAACCGUUUCGGAAGGCGCAGAUGUUGAGACUGCACUGAUACGCAUAUAUGAACGGGCUCAAGCGACAGUCUGCGCAGCGCAAGCGACAUUGUAUGUCAUAGACCAGGCCUCCAAUGAAGCGAAAGUGAUCGAAAGCACAUGGAGAGAUCAGCCUAAACGUCAACAAGCCGGCGGUGUGAGUGAAUUAGUGUCAAUGACACCGAGAACCCGAACACCAGCGUCAAGGCCAGGAACGACGGCGCCUCAUCCAGAUCGGAUCCCUGUUCAGAGGCUCUAUGCAGGGUCUACUCUCCUCAAUUACGAGGUGGUCAAUCUGUACAACGUCAAAUCAACUUACGAUCAUACAUCCGCUAACAACGCGGCGACAGGAACUACAUCCGACUCCAAUACCUUCUCGGAAAACGAAAUACUCGAUCCUGCGUACGAUAAACUUGACGUACAAUGUAUACUGACAGUCCCGAUCUUAUCGACCAAGGCGCUGGCCGGAGUCCACUUUCCGGGUAGUCCCGGUGGUUUAGUCGGUAUUAUCGAGCUCAUCAAUAAGACUGGGGCAGACACGCCACCAUUUUUCACAACGGAGGAUGAAUUUGUAGCAAAGACGCUGGCGAGUGUGGCGACGAUGUUCAUGGUGAACACAGGAGGCACGGAGCAACUUGUCGUUCACCAAACGGCGGACCUGAAGACUCUGCUGGAUAAUGCCUCAGUCAUGACUUCCGAUGCCGAUCUCAAUGACUUGAUGCCCGUGAUUAUGCACACUGUGAAGGAUCUCCUGCAGGCGGAACGGUGCUCCUUAUUUCUUUUGGAUCGAGAUAAGGAGGAGCUUUGGACAUCAGUCGCGCAAGGAACGCAAGAGAUCAGAAUUCCGAUGAAUAAAGGCAUCGCUGGCUAUGUUGCGACGACAGGAAAGAUUCUGAAUAUACCAAAUGCGUACAAAGACGGGCGAUUCAAUCGAGAGAUUGACCUAAAAACCGGAUUUCAUACGCGCAACAUAUUGUGCAUGCCCAUGCGCAGUAGCGGGAGGGGGAACCAGGUCAUUGGAGUUAUACAAAUCAUAAACAAGCUCCCUGAUCCUUCCGUAUUCGGAAAGGAAGAUGAGCUACUGCUUGGGAGCUUCUCAGCAUUAGCCGGUGGGAUGCUCGACAAAACAAUGGCCAUGAAGGCGAUGCAAAUAAAGAUCCAGAUGUUGUUAGCUCAGAGAGAUGCUUUGAUCAAAGGUGCAGAAUGCAAUCCUCUGACGAUCAUCAUGCUUGAUCUCAACGGGAAAUUGGUAUCGAUAAAUCACCACGAAACCCUCUCACUGGCGGACAUGAGCGUUCUGAAUCUCUCCACAUACGAUACAUGGCUCGGAGACAACUCAGAGCUGAUCGAUGACAUUCGAUCUGUUUACGAGACGGGGAACCCGGCAUAUGGGGCACGCUAUCCAUUCUUGCCGCCCGUUUCCUACGAUGAGGACGAUGAUGAAAGCAACCGGACAAUUUUGUUGGAUUACACUAUUGCUAAGGCAGAGUCGGAUUCGGUCGGCGUUGUUGUCGUCAUCGAACUUGUUGGCGAGGAGAGGUCAUUGAUUGAAUCCCUUACACGAUAUCUUCCUUACGAUGUUGCAAGGCAAACCUUGAGCGGUAAUCGAUCGGCUUUGAAAGGGAAGGAACAGCAAGCGUCAGUCCUGUCGAUUGAAGUACAAGAAGUUGAUCGAGGCGUAGACUCGAGCGUUAUUUCGACAUUGAGUGCGUACACGCAACCCGUCAUAGAUGAGGUGGAAGAUGGGAAUGGGCUUCUCUCAUCGAUUACAGCGACGAGCGCGACCGCAGUUUUCGGAGCGCCGUUUGGGGAGACGGCCUCCGUCAACGCCGUUGCAUCAGUCACUUCGGCCCUGAAAAUCAUAUCACGUGUUCAGGAAGUACAUAAAGCUUCCAUGCAGCCUGUGAACACGGGCGUGCUGCUGCCGCAUUCGCUUUCGCAGCAGCUUCCAAGAGGCAGCAUAUUUGGUCAGCUCUCAGAUCGACAAGGAAUGGAACGAGCACCGAGCAAUCUGAUGACAGCCAAAGCGAGCGUUGUUGCACGCAACACCUCCGCAAAGGAGAGAAGUGCCAGAGCUAUUCCGCCGUUGAAGAUGGGUUUGGUGAUCGCUACGGACAGUGUCGUCACGGGAUGCGUAGGCAAGCCACCUAGAUUGGAGUAUCUAUUGGUUGGCGAUGGUGUCAAAACCGCAAACGCAUUACAUGAGCUGACGAAAGUCUACAUGAGUACUGUCCUGCCUCCGGCCAGUGCAAUCGACAACAACGCCCCACCUCCAGUUGCUCUUGUGGCACAACAAGCACGGAUGUCAGCUGCUAUGCCCUUACAGCAACCAUCGUCCUCCUUUGCACAGUCUGUGGGGUUCGCUUCUCAAGUCAGCGUGCCUGAUCAGCCGAGCGGUUCUGCACCAACUUUGAUCAUAUGCGACAGAACGAAGCAGUUGGUAACUGGGCAUUUUCACAUCAGAGAGCUGGACGCGGUGUAUUUGCCAGACCGCCGUCAACCUGAUGGUCCUCCUGAAAACAACGCCUUCUCGGUCAAGCUCCCAUCAAGCAGUGAACUGACGGAGAAACCCAAAGCGAUGCUCAUUCAUCAGGUCCUAGCCCCCUCUGAUGCACGAUUGGAGCAAAGCACUUUGACGGCUCUCAUUUGCUAUGAGCUUGGGCUAUCCGAGUACAGGGCUCAAAACUUUUCUGGGGCUUUGCACCAUUUUCGGAAGGCCAUUGCCCUUACCGGAGACGCCCCAUCUACAGUCAUGGGAGAACGGUGCAGGCUGAUAAUUGAUGGCGCCGUUGUCGUGCCCGAGAACUGGGACGGUGUGUGGGUGUGGAACUAAACCCUUCCGUAGCUGUUACAGAGGGAAGGGGAGCUGAGGGGAUACUGUACUGUACCUAUUGUGCAUCGGUCUUAUUCUUAUGUGUACCAAUCCCUUGGCAAAAUGUUUGUCAGGCAAUAGCGAGCGAGCAUCGUCGGG